AUGUCUAAAGACGGUCCCAGGUUAAGCAGGCUAGGGGUUUUGGCCCCGGCUGCGUUAUCAGCAUGCAUGGACGCUUCGGUGCUGGCUGUGCCGGCUGCAGGCGCAAUCGUCUCUACGGUCCUGAAGGAACUUAGCAAAGCUUUCAUGCUUAAAAAGUGGUUCCAUGGAAUAAUGUCGGCUAAAGAAGCGGAAAAUUUGAUCAUGGCGAAAGGGAGAAACGGUUCUUUCUUGGUGCGUGAGUCGCAAACCCAUCCAGGAGAGUACGUGCUAUCAGUGCGCGUCAGAGGACGUGUGUCUCACGUCAUGAUAAGAAGACAGGAGAUCAAACUUCACUACGUUUACAGUAGAUUAAAAAUGCUAGUAGUGCAGGCGUGCCUCGACAUGCGCACAACGUGA